CUAUAUCGAUAUAUCAAUCUAGUAUCAACAAUCCUAAAAUUCAUACACUAAUUUUUUUUCGUUGCGCCCGGUUGUGUCUUUGCGUGCGACAAGGAGAAAAGAUAAAAAGAGCUCGACUUGGAUGCUAUUUUCAUUAGUGUGAAAAUUGUGUAAGAUCUAAGAGCUGAGCUGCAGGAGAAGGCGAAGGAGAAGGAGAAGGAGAAGGAGAGGUAACAUUCCAGACACCCGCAAUUACAACCACAAAUACAACCAAAAGCACACGCACGCGAAGUGAGAGAGACAGAGAGAGUCAGAGAGAGUGAGCAGCUCGAAAAUGCGGCGGCAGUCAACGAUGCUGGCCGCGAUAUUGCUAGCUGCCAUUUUGGGCAGUGCAACGGCAAGAACCAACUCCCCGCCACGGAUCAUCAAGCAACCGGCACCCGGCGAGCUUCUCUUCAAAGUGGCGCAGCAGAAUAAGGAGAGCGACAAUCCAUUUAUUAUCGAGUGCGAGGCCGAUGGACAGCCCGAGCCAGAUUACUCAUGGAUAAAGAACGGCAAGAAGUUCGACUGGCAGGCGUACGACGACCGAAUGCUGCGGCAGCCGGGACGCGGCACACUGGUGAUCACCUCGCCGAAGGACGAGGACCGGGGCCACUAUCAGUGCUUUGCAUCGAACGAGUUCGGCACGGCCACCUCGAACUCGGUGUACGUGCGGAAGGCGGAGCUGAAUGCGUUCAAGGACGAGGCAGCCAAGACCGUGGAGGCGGUGGAGGGCGAGCCCUUCUUGCUGAAGUGUGCGGCGCCUGACGGCUUUCCCAGUCCGACGGUCAACUGGAUGAUGCAGCAGUCCAUCGACGGCAGCAUCAAGUCGAUCAACAACUCGCGCAUGACCCUCGAUCCGGAGGGCAACCUCUGGUUCUCGAACGUGACCCGCGACGAUGCCAGCGACGACUUCUACUAUGCCUGCUCGGCGACCUCCGUGUUCCGCAGCGAGUACAAGAUCGGCAACAAGGUGCUGCUGGACGUGAAGCAGAUGGGCGUCAGCGCCUCCCAGAACAAGCACCAGCCGAUCCGGCAGUAUGUCUCACGGCGGCAGUCGCUCGCGUUGCGCGGCAAGCGCAUGGAGCUGUACUGCAUAUACGGCGGCACGCCGCUACCCCAGACCGUGUGGAGCAAGGACGGACACCGGAUACAGUGGAGCGACCGCAUCACGCAGGGCCACUACGGCAAGUCGCUGAUCAUACGGCAGACGAACUUCGAUGACAACGGCACCUACACCUGCGACGUGUCGAACGGCGUGGGCAAUGCGCAGUCCUUCUCCAUCAUCCUGGAGGUGAACGCCAUACCGUACUUCACCGUGGAGCCCGACUUCAAGACGGCCGCCGAGGACGAGGAGGUGGUGUUCCAGUGCGAGGCAGCCGGCUUCCCCGAGCCCAAGAUCAGCUGGAUCCACAACGGCAAGCCCAUCGAGCAGAGCGCGCCCAAUCCGAGGCGCACCGUCACCGACAACACCAUUCGCAUCGUGAAUCUGCUGAAGAGCGACACCGGCAACUACGGCUGCAAUGCCACCAACUCGCUCGGCUACGUCUACAAGGAUGUCUUCCUCAACGUGCAGGCCCUGCCCCCAGAGAUCGAGGAGCCGCCGACCGCCCUCUCCACCGUCGACGGACGCAACGUGACGCUGCGCUGUCGCGUGACCGGCGCCCCCAAGCCGCAGGUGAGGUGGCUGCGCGCCACCAACUGGCUGACCGGCGGACGCUACAUCGUGCAGGGCAGUGGGGAUCUGCAGAUCCUCGACGUGACCUUCUCGGACGCCGGACAGUACACCUGCUAUGCGGAGAACAAAUUCGGCAACAAGUCCGCCGAAGGCUCGCUGACGGUGAUGGAGCACACGCGGAUCACACAGGAGCCGCAGAACUACGAGGUGGCCGCCGGCCAGUCGGCCACGUUCCGCUGCAACGAGGCGCACGAUGGCAAUCUGGAGAUCGAGAUCGACUGGUGGAAGGACGGGCAGUCCAUCGACUUUGAGGCGCAGCCACGCUUCGUGAAGACCAACGACAACAGCCUGACGAUUGCCAAGACAAUGGAGCUGGACUCCGGCGAGUACACGUGUGUGGCACGCACCCGACUGGACGAGGCCGCCGCCAAGGCGAACCUCAUCGUCCAGGAUGUGCCGAACGCCCCCAAGCUGACGGGCAUCAACUGCCAGGCGGACAAGGCGGAGAUCAUGUGGGAGCCGCAGGGCGACAACCGCUCGCCCAUUCUCCACUAUACGAUCCAGUUCAACACCUCGUUCACACCGGCCUCGUGGGACACGGCCUUCGAGAAGGUGCCCAACACGGACUUCUCCUUUGUCGUGCAGAUGUCGCCGUGGGCCAACUACACGUUCCGCGUGAUCGCCUUCAACAAGAUCGGCGCCUCGCAGCCGUCCGAGCACAGCGAUUCGUGCACCAACCAGCCGGACGUGCCCUUCAAGAACCCAGACAAUGUGGUCGGCCAGGGCACGGAGCCCAACAACCUGGUCAUCUCGUGGACCCCCAUGCCGGAGAUCGAGCACAAUGCGCCCAAGUUCCAGUAUCGCGUUAGCUGGAAGCGGGACAUACCCGCCGCCGCCUGGGAGAACAAGGACAUCAACGAGUGGCACCAGAACAACAUCGUGAUCACCGACCAGCCGACCUUCGUCAAGUACCACAUCAAGGUGGUGGCCAUCAACGAGCGCGGCGAGUCGAAUGUCGCCGCCGAGGAGGUGAUCGGCUACUCGGGCGAGGACCGGCCGCAGGACGCGCCGACCAACUUUACGAUGCGACAGAUAACGACAGCGACGAGCGCCUAUCUGGCCUGGACCCCCGUCAGCGAGGAGUCCGUGCGCGGCCACUUCAAGGGCUACAAGAUCCAGACGUGGACCGAGAACGAGGGCGAGGAGGGGCUGCGCGAGAUACACGUUAAGGGCGACACGGACACGGCUCUGGUCACACAGUUCAAGCCGGACUCGAAGAACUUUGCCCGCAUACUGGCCUACAACGGACGCUUCAACGGUCCGCCCAGUGCCAUCAUCGAUUUCGAUACGCCCGAGGGUGUCCCCUCGCCGGUGCAGUCGCUGGAUGCCCAUCCGCUGGGCUCCUCCGCCUUCUGGGUCACCUGGAAGAAGCCGCUGCACCCGAACGGCAAGCUCACCGGCUACAAAAUCUACUACGAGGAGGUCCAGAACAGCUUCGUCGGCGAGCGACGCGAGUACGAUCCGCAUAUCACCGAUCCGAGGAUCACGGGCACCAAAAUGGCGGGCCUGAAGCCCGACACCAAGUAUCGCAUCUCCAUUACGGCCACCACCAAGAUGGGCGAAGGAACUGAGCACUACAUCGAGAAGCGUACUCUGGGCGAGGGCAAUCUGGCACCAGCUACGCCCAGCUUCGCCUGGGAGCAGCUGCCAUCGAACAAUGGCCAGGCCAAGUUCCGCAUCAACUGGCAGCCGAACACCGAGGGACACGCGGGAACCCACUUCUUCACCAAGUACAGGGUCAAGGGUGAGACGCAAUGGUCCGACACAAAGGAGGAGAAAAUGACCACCUAUCAGGAGAUUGGAUUGAGCCCGGAUACCGCCUACGAGUUCCGAGUGGUGUCCGUCGAUGGCCACUACUACACGGAGAGCGCCACGCAGGAGAUAGACACGAAUAGCGUAGAGGGGCCGAUUAUGGUGCCCAACGAGACGGUGGCCAAUGCCGGCUGGUUCAUUGGCAUGAUGCUGGCCCUGGCCAUCAUCAUCAUUCUGUUCAUUGUCAUCUGCAUCAUACGUCGCAAUCGAGGCGGCAAGUACGAUGUACACGACCGGGAACUGGCCAACGGAAGGCGCGACUAUCCCGACGAAGGAGGUUUCCACGAGUACUCGCAACCUUUGGAUAACAAGAGCGCUGGUCGCCAAUCCGUUAGUUCAGCGAACAAGCCCGGCGUGGAGAGCGACACCGAUUCAAUGGCCGAGUACGGCGAUGGCGAUACAGGUCAAUUCACUGAGGAUGGCUCCUUUAUAGGCCAGUACGUGCCCGGGAAGCUACAGCCGCCAGUCAGUCCACAGCCGCUCAACAGCUCAGCCUCGCCGGCCCAGACAAGUGCCGCCGCCGCAGCAGCAACAGCAGCUGGAUUGGCAUCGGGAGCAGGAGGAGCUGGAGCUGGUGCUGGUGCUGGGACAGGAGCCAGCAAUGGAGGAACUGGUUCGACCAACACUGCCGCGGUAGCCACCUACGUCUGAGAGGCGUUCCUGGAGCUGGAUGGAUUUCCUUUGAGUUCUUGAUUUUCUUCAAAUUAUUCUACGCCCCAAAACCUUUUUGUAAUUGUAUGUGUAAAACGAAAACUGCUUUAAGUGUCUGCAAAAAAAAAAAAACUUAAGAAAACCAAAAAUUAUAUUAAAAAAAAAAAACAAACAAAAACGAAAAAAAAACAACAACAAAAAAUGUAAUGAGAAGAGUUGGCAAGAAUUUAAAGCAUUUGAUUUUGCUUCCUUUGGCUUAUUUAAUACGUAUUUUAGCAAACAGCUAACGCCUUUUCCAAACUAUAAAAACAAAGAAGAACAAAACAAUUACAAUACAAUUUUUUAUAUAUGUAAGCUAAAAACACAAUUAGAUGAACAAACAACAAAAUAUAUAAAAGUUAAUGAAGGGAAAACCAUUUGAGGUGAUGCCUGUCGGGAACCAUUCUUUUUUUUUUUGCGAGAAUAUGUAUGUAUAACGAAGAACCGCGUACAUCAGCGGACUAUAUGGAAAAUGAGUCAAAUUUUGUAACCAAACCAAAGACAAGGCGAACCGGUACAUCCGGCUAGCAGCGACAGAUAUCAAAACUAAUUAGCAAGUUUAUAAACGUACAAAAAAACAAAUGAUUGACUGAAUUGUGGAGCCCAUUGCCAAUCCUACUAUACACAUGUGUAUGGAUGGAUGGAUCCAUUGAGACCUGUCAGCUGUCUACCCAUUUGCCUUGUUCAAAUUCUACUAUUUUUACAAUAAUUUGUACUGUACCGAUACUUAUGUAUAACCAACAGAAUUGAUGUGUUCAGCAAGUAAAAUUUCCAGCCUGAGUACGGAUUAUGGUUACUUUCAAACAACAAAAAGACUUCGGAGGCAGAGAGCAGCCACGCUAGCCAUUUAGUACCCCCAAAUUGUUGGGCUUUGUUCAGAUCAG